GGAAACAGCAUAAAAGGAAGGAUCUAUCACUAACAAAAAAACUUGAUACAAUUGUUCAUCUUUUGAACAGCAUUUAUUCAAAGUUUUAUCAACAUGUUUUUGGUUCAAUUUUUACGAUUUUUAGUUUGUGAAUUUCGCAAAAUCGCAAUGCGGUUGCAAAAAAAGUCCAUGCUAAGAGUUAAACACAAUCACACGGAGAUUGGUUCAGAGAUAUCAAAAUUAAUUUGUCGCGUUGUCGGGUUACGAACGUUUGUUGAUGAUGUUAUAGCAGUAAAAUAUUUAAAGCAACUGGAAUCGAUCUGCAUUUCAUACAAUAUACUACCAAACGGGUUUUCACAAGAUCCAAGAGUAACACCAUCAAAAUGGACUACAACAAAAUCCAUCCUUUACUUGAGUUUAAUGACCAUUAAUAUCAUACGCUUGAUAUUGUUGAGUUGCUUUAAUCUACCCGAUAAAUGGCAUCUUCUUCUUGGUGACUUUUUCUAUGGUCAUAAAAACGGUCGUCUCUUUUGGCUCUUCUUUUUGAAUGCAUCUAUUUUUGGUGAAGUAUUUAGACACUUUUGGAUAUAUUUGAUUGAAAAGAAGCAAUGGGAAUCCUUCAAGUUUGAACAAAUAGUAUAUUCAAAAGGAUUCAAGAGUCAAGUUUUAUGCAUGGAUCUAUUCUAUUGCCGAAAAUUGCGUUUUUUUGUCACCAAUUUAGCAAUUUUUUGGGUUAGGAUAUUAUAUUGUGCUUCAAUUAGUUUCGCACCGAUUUUGAUCCUCAUUGUUCAUUCAAUGUAUAAACUCCCGCAUACAUUGGAAAAGUAUAUUUACACAGGCUUUUGGCUUGUCAUCAGUUAUCUUGGAUUCGUUUGUGUCAUUAGCAACUUGCUGUUAAUUGGUAGUGUCAAUACAAUUCAAUUGUGUUAUUUUUACUUUAAAGUUGCUCAUGUAACCCAAAGUGUACACAAUCUUGCAUUGAAUAGAUCACAAUCAAAUAACGCUAACUAUUUCCUUGAAUACAAAGCUACUAUUCGCGAGAUUAUUCGCUAUCAGAAUGAAAUUGAACAAGCAAAUAUUAGCAUUAGGAACUUGUUCAUAUUCACUUACCUAGGAAUCUCUUUUGUUGACGAUUUUGGAAUUUACUCUGCAGUUUUUGUUCAUAUUGAUCGUGGAUUCAUGGACUUUUUCAUUGUGAACGCUGCUAUGAUUGGCUUAGUAACGACUGCAGCUUGUUCAUACACCAAUGGAGUCUUGUUGGCAAAGAUGAACUCCUGUUGCAAGAAUCUAAGGAAAGCAACUAAACAUUUGCAAUUGAACGUGCAAGCCUUCAUAAAGGUAACUGAUUUAGAAGAUCGACUUUCUAGAACUGAUAUUGCAUUCACUAUGGGUACGAUGUUGGAUCUAACUACUCGAAUCUUUGUUAUUUAUUUGCUAGAAAACAUUUGCCUCAUUAUGAUGUUUGAAAUAAACUUUCGCAAAUAAGAAGCAACUAAACAACAGAACGAACUGAUUUUAACGAUGAAGGCUAGAGGAAUGAUACACUUAUGAUGGGUAUCAAGAAACAGUGGGGACUAAUUUCAUGUAAAAAUACCGAUUUCCAACAAUAAUAUAAAAAAAUAAAGUAUUACAUUAAUCUACACAAUCUACACAUCUACUCAAUAUAUCAAAUUUUUGGUUCGAGGUUGUGGCCAAACUGAGCGGGCUCUAAGAAAAAAAUU